UUUUGUUCAAUUACUGAUGCUUUUCCUGUUCAAUUUUUCUUAUCAGUGUUGCUAGUUACAAUCCUUGUUGUGGAAGGGAUUGCUGUUGCACAGAAGACACAAGGUGGGCAAAAUAUUGGAUUGAAUCGCAUCCCUCCUACCCAGUGUGAUAACUGGGUACGGACCAGUAAUGGAGGACACUUUGCUUCACCAAACUACCCUAACAUGUACCCACCAAAUCAAGAGUGCAUCUACAUCUUGGAAGCUGCUCCACGGCAAAGAAUUGAGUUGACCUUUGAUGAACCUUAUUACAUUGAACCCUCAUUUGAAUGUCGGUUUGAUCAUCUGGAGGUUCGAGAUGGACCUUUUGGCUUCUCCCCUCUAAUCGAUCGUUACUGUGGUCUGAAAAGUCCUGCACUAAUUAGAUCAACGGGGAGAUUUAUGUGGAUCAAGUUUAUUUCUGAUGAGGAGCUGGAAGGAAAGGGAUUUCAAGCAAAGUACUCAUUUAUACCAGAUCCUGACUUCACUUACCUAGGAGGUAUUUUAAAUCCCAUUCCAGACUGCCAAUUUGAGCUCUCGGGAGCUGAUGGAAUAGUACGUUCCAGUCAAGUAGAACAAGAAGAAAAAACAAAACCAGGACAAGCAGUUGAUUGCAUAUGGACAAUUAAAGCUACUCCAAAUGCUAAGAUCUACUUACGAUUUCUGGACUAUCAAAUGGAGCAUUCCAAUGAAUGCAAAAGAAACUUUGUUGCUGUAUAUGAUGGAAGCAGUUCUAUUGAAAACCUGAAGGCAAAGUUUUGCAGCACUGUAGCAAACGAUGUCAUGCUGCAGACCGGAACUGGUGUGGUGCGAAUGUGGGCAGACGAAGGCAGCAGACUAAGCAGAUUCAGAAUGCUGUUCACUUCAUUUGUGGAUCCUCCCUGCUCAGGCAACACUUACUUCUGCCAUAGCAACAUGUGCAUCAAUAAUUCUUUAGUCUGCAAUGGCAUUCAAAACUGUGCAUACCCCUGGGAUGAAAAUCACUGCAGAGAAAAAAAAAAAUCUGGAUUGUUUGAGCAAAUCACCAGAACACACGGAACAAUCAUUGGCAUAACAUCAGGGAUUGUUUUAGUUCUUCUUAUUAUUUCAAUUCUAGUACAAGUAAAGCAACCUCGCAAAAAGGUUAUGGCUUGCAAGACUGCUUUCAAUAAAACUGGCUUCCAGGAAGUAUUUGAUCCUCCACAUUAUGAACUCUUUUCACUGAGGGACAAAGAAAUUUCUGCAGAUUUGGCAGAUUUAUCAGAAGAACUUGAAAACUAUCAGAAAAUGAGACGCUCUUCAACAGCUUCCAGAUGCAUUCAUGACCAUCACUGUGGCUCUCAGGCCUCCAAUAUAAAACAAAGCAGGACAAACCUCAGCUCCAUGGAACUUCCCUUCCGCAAUGAUUUUGCACAACCUCAGCCAAUGAAAACAUUUAAUAGCACAUUCAAAAAAAGUAGUUACACUUUCAAACAAGCACAUGACUGCCCUGAACAAGUCAUAGAAGACAGAGUGAUGGAGGAGAUUCCAUGCGAAAUCUAUGUUAGAGGAAGAGAAGAUACGGCACAAGGUUCAUUAUCUAUUGACUUUUAAUUUCCUAGUGAAGGCGGUACCGGUAUACAUAAAGGAUGCUUGUGUAUAAGGACAGUGUAUAUAUUAAAAGUGUAUGAUAUGCAGCGUGUGAGAUGCACACACUUUUAGCUUGUUAUACUUCAAAUUAAAAAAAAAAAAAAAAGUCUUCAUAAUUAAUUCUUGCUGAACAGUGGACUUCCUCUCACUUUUCCAAGCUACUUAUUCAGCAAAGCAAAAGACAGACUUUGCAUGGAAAUUUGAAGUUAAGAAUAUUGGAGGAAGAACAACAGCCACUGCUAUUAUAUAGAUCAGCAAAAACAGUGACUACUAUUCUCCUCUUCAUAGCAUUUUCUCUUCUUUAGAUGUCCGCUUUUCAAGGCAAUUUUAAUACCUCAGUUACAUAAAUAAAAGUAGUUAAGCAUACCAUAUGUAUGUCAACAUAGGUGUCUUAUUGUAUUUGUCACAUUGAAAGAGUUGGAGUUAAGUGCCAGUUAAGACUCAAGAAUCACGUUACAGCCAUCUGUUUCAUCUUGCCUACCAUUUUAUAUUGCCUUUAAUUAUCAGUUCCUCACUCUACGCUUUGUGAGAAAUAGACAUAAAGGAUUACUGCCUUUUUAAAAGAUAUUGAGCUAUAUUAAUUUGGGAAUAUGAUCUUUGCAGCUUGCCAUUAAACACAAAUAAGUACUCACGUUAUUCUAAAUGCAGUCUUUCAAGAAGGCUUAGCAUUUUAAAAGAUUCUGCCAGUUAUUAUAGAUCCACGUGACUCCACCGAUUUCACAGCUCUGUGGUUAGAAAAUAAUUUUGCUCCUGUGUUUUCCAAGUGUUUACAUGAACAGACCUUACUGCAUAUUUCUCUUUUAAAAUAGCCUUUCAGUCCUUAUGCAGCCAAUCUUCCCUGCUGAAAUCACUGAUGAUACUUUAGUUCAUCUCCUGCCUCACUGAAAAGAAUUGCUGAGAUCUGUGUGAUCACAAGGCAUACGAAGAUAGUGGAAACAAGGAGAAAUCAAAGCAACUCUUAUCAAGCUUUAUGGAUCCCUUCCUGUGCCCCUUGUUGCCACUUGAAAAUUUGCAUAUUUCACAUUUUUUAAUGGUGGUUUGGACCUAAUUUUAACAUUUUUACAAUAUAGAAUAGAUUUGCAAA